UUCUCCCGACCGAUAAAGAGCUGCCUCUAGUCACCAACCGAUAAUACGGUUAUUGAGAUGAUGCAGUACUUGGUCAAAAGAUUUCACGUUUUCUAUGCUUGUAUGAUACGAUUCCCUCAAUUCCCUGUAUUCAUUUCUUCAAUGCUUUCUCUGUUUUGCGAGCUCUCGCCCGAGGGCUUGAUCGAGCUUUCAGCGUUUCCUCAGUUUAUCCCUUAUCAGGGCUCCAGCAUGUGGACUGUCGAGCAGACCCAAGUAAAGAUAUUUUUUAUUAUAGUACCUAUUUUUAUUAGUCAUGGCGGGAACACUAGAAGACGACCAAGACAAAAGCUAUAGAGGCUCUUAUGCCUAGUGUUUCAAGAAUUGAAAUCUGGACACUACCCAUACGAGAUACAUACAUAAUACAUAUUCAGUACAAAGA